AUGCCAAUAGAGGCUCUCCCGCAAGCCACGGUUCGAGCCAUUGGCUCCACCUCGGUCAUCUCUGAUCCAUGCUCCGUCGUGAAGGAGCUGCUAGACAAUGCAUUGGAUGCCGCCGCAUCCUCCGUGUCGGUGGAGAUUUCGCAGGAUACAGUGGACACCAUCCAAGUCAAAGACAACGGUCAUGGUGUGCAUGUCGAGGAUCAUGCCUUUGUUUGCAAGCACGCCUUUACAAGCAAGAUCUCGACGAUCGACGAUCUGAAAAAUGUUGGUGGGAAGACUCUAGGAUUUCGAGGUGAAGCUCUUGCGAGCAUUGCUGAGAUGGCGGGUUCGGUCAUCUUCACAACUCGUACCGCCUCGAAUAUGGUGGGCUUUCAGCUGGAAUAUGGGAGGAAUGGGGAAAUUAUCAAGUCUCAAAGGAUUGCACACCCAGUCGGAAGCACAGUGCGUAUCCGGCAUUUCUUGAAAAAUAUUCCAGUCCGAAGACAGGCCACGUUGAAAGGCAGUGCGAGAUGUCUCGGCAGGAUCAAAAGGCUUCUUCAAGACUACUCAAUGGCGCAGCCCUCCAAGCGGUUCUCCGUGAAGGUGAUGAAUGCUAAGAAAGAAAGCCUCAACUGGUCUUUUGUACCUGCUUCAAGUCCGUCAAUUCUGGAUGCGGCUACCAAAGUCAUUGGGCUUGAUGCCGCCGCUUGUUGCACAACGCAGGUAGCCUCGACUACAUCAGAGAUACCCGGAACGGACAGCCCUGCUCAGAGCCCAUAUAAAGUCGUGGCUUUUCUUCCAAACGUUGAUGCCGAUCCAUCAAAAAUCAACGGCAAAGGCCAAUUCAUCAGCAUAGACGGUCGACCGCUCUCCUCAGCAAGGGGACUGGGACACGAUCUUGUCAAGUCGUUCAAGUCUUGUAUUCGUGUGGCUUGGUUGGAACGUGGCGCUCCCAAGUCUGUCAAUGACCCCUUUAUGUGUCUCCAAAUCAGUUGUCCGCAGGGAAGCUACGACGUGAACGUCGAGCCUGGCAAGGACGAUGUGCUUCUAGAAGAUCGCGAGAUCUUAUUUGAUCUCUUUGAAGAGAUACUUACCUCUCAUUAUGGGGCGCUGCCAAAGUCUGCAACAAAAAACAAGCCUGAAAAGUCAACAGAUACAUCGUCUCGUGAGCAAGUAACGGGAUUCUCUCUACUGAUGGCCCGAAGACCCCUUCCCUCUACGGGAAAAGACGUGGACGAAACUCACAAUAUCCAAACUUCGAUCCGCUCUCCCGCUGUUGCACGGCAGCCUUUGGCGUCUAUUGGUCUGCUUUCGCCAGAGAUCACACCGCGCGAUCAGCGGCAACGAAGAGCCCUCGACACGACUGUUGUAACUAGCUCUCCAGAUGCGCGCUCAUCUGAACCCCGGGUUGCUUUAAGUGCCGACUCCGCCACUUUACAAGAGAACCAUGAGGUUUCUGAGCGCUUUUUGCAUAGGGCAAUUCGACCCGGUCUGUUGGGGAAUUUUGAAAGAGGUGCAACAAACGCCACUACCGGGGCUUCGCGAAGUCAAACAGACGGACCACGCGGCCAAUCGAGACUCACUCCAGUGAGUCCACUGAGGCCCCGUCAGUGCUCGCCCCCGGGUCAAGGAAUGGAGCGCAACCCUCAACACGGAAACAGUGCCAGAAAGGCGGCGCGCGCAAGGGACAGAGAGCGUUAUGGUAAUGGUGCUCUCGAUACAUGGUUCCAGCGUCUCACUCAAAGUUCCAUCAAUACUAGCUCGUCAGAGACCCAGAACCAGCCCGAUGCUGCCGAGCCUUCCCUUUCUGCACUUGCUGAAGCAAGAUUUAACCCCCCGUCCGACCCCCUGGUCACGUCCAAUAUCUCAGGUGAGAGUCAUCACUCCAGGACGAGAGGUCCGCCCAGUGAAGCUCCCGGGACUUCCGUGGAAUCAUCACCCGACCAAGCAGCGACAGAAACGGGUCAAGCUCAGACACGGCCUAUAGAUAGUGGUCGCGGGUAUCCUGUUCUCGAAAACUGGGCUGCCAGUGUUCACGAAGGUUUCGUGUCUGCACGUUCUCUCGAUUUGGAGCAAGCCCUUGACUUUGAGAGGCGGAAACGGGAAGUCAACAGAAAAGUCCGAACUCACUCCACGCGACCCAACCCGUCAAUAAGAAAAGUCUCGCUGGUCCAAGCCGACGAUUCGCAAAGUCUCGCCGCUGGAGAAUCACAUCCAACAAGAGGCGCCGCUGUAGGGUUUCAAGCCAUCACUCAUCUAGCAGCUGAUGAUCCGAGAGCCUACCUCAUCUCGCAUCAGAUGAAUGACGGGCCAGCUCGACGAGCGAGAACGAGUAAGCUCCCCUUGGAGAAUAUUAGCGAGGAGGACAAGCUUUAUGAAAAAUCUGUUGUCGUCGAGACAGAGGUUUCGGAAGUGGCGAAAGCGUUUCAUGACCUUGCCUCCAGUGAUCAAUAUACUCGAAAAAAGGAUGAGAACACUCAGCUGGUCUUCUCUGAUACCGCUGAUGCGACUGCCUUCCUGAGUGACAGACUGGUUGCGAUCGUCAGUCGGAGAUUUCAACACGAAGUCGGCUCUAGUCCAUUUGAGUUGCGCAACGAAAUUCAAGCAGCCUUGACAAAUCACGAGAAACGCCUAGAGGCAACUGAGGCCGGCCUUGUAUGA